AUCUGUUAUAGUCUCACUAUUAUAUAUGGGAAUGUAUGCCUUGGGCAUCACAACUAAAACAGGUUAGUCCCUGGCUUUCGCUUAGAUCACUGUUUUUUUCUGGGUUUGUCUCAACACUAUGCUGGAAUUUCCCUUUUUGAGAACACAGUUUAAUAUCCACCCUCCAACUUCCUCAAUGUUGAGUUAAAGGAAAAAAAAAAACGUCAAGAAACAGAAGCUGCUUUAUUAAGUGCCGUGCCUGCCAUAAUAAGACGACCAGGGGAAAGCCACGCAGAUUUCAUUUGUUUUUCAGAAGACUGGAACUGCUAACGAUGGAUGGCAAUCCUUUCUUAAAAUCUGCAGUGGCGAGUUCAGAGUUAGACACCCCAGCUGCGGACAACAAGUCUGUCGUCCACAUGGACCAGUACAGCCAGUCUUUGACCCAGCAGAACAGCUUGUCUUUGAAAGGAGAGGCAGAGCCUGAUGACCAUGGGGAGGAGACAGAGGGUCACGGCAGGCGUUUGAUCUCUAGCGGAAAUGACACUGAAGAAAACGUGACCAUCAUCUCGGAGAGCAUGACAGUGACAUCAGCCGACGAAGAAAAACUCCUGCUGCUGAACAGGAACACAGAUCUGAGGAGACUCAACAAGGAGCUGAUGAAGCUGAAUGAGGAGUGGGAUCAUAUCUAUCGCAGCACCACAAUGGGGCUGCAGGAGAAGAUCCACUCCCUGCAGCAGGAGGUGGUGGGGUUGAACCAGCACAACGAGAGGCUCCUAAUGAAACUGGAGCACGAGCAGAGUAAACGUGAGUACUAUGAGCAGACCUUGCUGCAGGAGCUCAGGAAGAACCAGCACCUUCAGGAGUAUGUGCACCACCUAGAGGGCAAGAUUCACCGCAGCAGCAGCAGUAGCAGCACUGCCAGUGAGCGGCCAGCAGGGGUACUGAACGGCGUGGAGGUUUCCGAGGGUUUGUAUGAGUUACCCUCCAAGCCCCCCCUCUUGCAGUACAAGGGCUCCAGCCACUCGCCUCCCCCACUCGAACCUCCAGGAAAUGGCGACAGAAAGCAGGGCCACCCCAGGCAGGGCAGAUCAAGGCAGGACAGCUCCACCUCGAUGUCAUUUAAGGGACAGGCUGACAUGAUGAAGGAGGUGCAGGAGCUGAAGGACCAGCUGGAAACUCUUAAAUGCCAGACACAGAUCUACGAAGCUGACUACCAGACAGAACACAAAGACAGAGAGCGGAUGAAAAAUGAGAACAGCAAGCUGCGGCGGAAGGAAGAGGAGUUGCGCCAGCAGAUGGCGCUGCAGCAAGAGCAGCUGAAAGUGUAUGAAGAUGAUUUCCGAAAGGAGCGCUCCGAUAAGCAAAUCUUGCAGAAGCUCCUGUUAAAGAAGGCAGGCCCGACUGACCCUGUCCUGGUCCACCGGUGCAACAACGUGCAUGAGCGCUCGCCUGGGGGGAGGCAGGGCUCAGCUCGCCGCAGCGGCUGUGCCAAGCACUGUGAGCGGCACGGGCACAAGGCCAGCGAGUGUCCCCGAGUGCAGCGGCCACACCAACACCAGGAUGCAGAGGUGCAGGCCUCCCCUUUCUCUAUCGACUGCCACUAACCAGAGCCAGCACCCAGGAGGAAAUACUGAUACUCAGAUUGCUGGACUUCAAUAGAGACUGGCAUGCGUGGUUUACAUUCGAUUCUGGCUUAUAUGCUAGUUAUUCCUUUUCAAAUAU